UCUCGUACGUACGCAAAUUGUUACUAGGAGUUCGCUAUUAGAUUUAUAAGUUGAUUAUAAAAUAAAUGCACGUAUAUAUGAAUUUUUGAAGAAAGCGAUUAUAGGUAUUUAAUAAUCAAGGAUCACUAAAUUUAUUCCAUCUUCUCUUCCUAUGGGGGAUUACUGGUAUAUAUCUGAAAUGAUAUUCGGUAUUUAAUUUGUAUGUCGUCUACACAUACAUAAUGCAUAUACAUAUAAUUACGUAUACGUAUGUGUACGUGUAUAGAAGUGUACAUGGUGUUACUUUGAUUUUCUCUUGUACAUAGAAACAGGGUGUUAAUUUAGGUCAGCUUUAUAAACAGAUUAGCUGAUGCAACAAUAGUUUAUUAGGUCAGCUUUCCGAAAUAAAAUAAGUUUUAAUUAAACGGCCCAACAAAAUGAUAAAACAAGUUGUACUUGGUAUAUAAAAAGGAUAAAAUACACGAAGUUGUCAUAAUUAUUGGACCCGCAAAUAUAUAAUAAUUUGCUAAUUUAUUAGGUAUACCGUUCAAUUAUGGUCAUAGUUUAUUAAAGUUUCUAAAGUACAAAAAUAGUGGUUGCUUGCUGGGUUAGAGAUCCGAAUGUUUCUAAUACUAAAUAUGUUAUGAGACGUCAAACGACACAUCAAUAAUUCAAGACAUUAAUCAAGAUAAGAUAGUUUGUCCAAAUGCAUAUAAUAGGCUAGAUGUUUCUCUCUCCUUUUCUCCUUUGGUUGGUGGCAAUUGAUGAAUAUGUUGUCCUCUCUCUCUCUCUCUCUAUAUAUAUAUAUAUGUACAUAUAUAUAUAUAUAAGGUCGUUAUGAAGAGGACCAUUUUCAAUUGAAGUUCGAUUAGACAUGUUCGCAGAACAUUCGCCGAGGGUCGUAUUCUACUGUAUCCAGCACCAUAUGCAUUAUUUCAACGGGAGGGUGUACACGUACUCGACGGGGUUGAGACAGCACUUGUACAUGAACGACCCGGAGCUAGUGAAGGAGCUUAACGUCACCAACACGUUGAGUCUCGGUAAGGUCUCCUACGUCGCCGAGAAACUUAGGCCUAUAUUGGGUCGAGGCGUUAUCACCUCCAAUGGACCUCACUGGGCAUAUCAACGCCGCAUCAUUGCCCCCGAGUUCUUCAUGAACAAAGUCAAGGGAAUGGUGGGGUUGAUAGUGGAAUCGACAAUGCCGAUGCUGAAGAGAUGGGAGGAGACGAUGAUGGUCGCAAGCGAGGGCAUGUGGAGUGAGAUAAGAGUCGACGAGGAGCUUAGAGAAGUUUCAGCCGAUGUGAUCUCGAGGGCUUGUUUCGGAACUUCUUUCGCAAGGGGCAAAGAGAUUUUCUCAAAGCUCAGGUCUCUCCAGAAGGCUGUCACUCGAAAAGGCAUCCUCUUCGGUCUCGACGGUUUCAGUGACAUGGCAGUGUUUGGAAGCAAGAAAUCCAAGGAACUGGGGAAAAGAGUGGAGUCUUUGAUAUGGGAGACUGUGCAGAGGAGAGAGAAAGAACACGUGCAUGAAAAGGAUCUCAUGCAACUGAUACUCGAAGGCGCGUGCGGUGAAGCGGGGGACACGACCGGAAACGAGAUCUCUUACAAGAGUUUCGUAGUGGACAACUGCAAGAACAUCUACUUCGCCGGCCAUGAAACCACCGCAGUCGCCGCGUCUUGGUGCCUCAUGCUUCUCGCUCUAAACCCUAACUGGCAGAAUCUUAUAAGAGAGGAGGUGUUCCGUACAUGUGAGAAUGGUAUCCCUGAUGCAGAAUCCAUCGCCCAUCUCAAAACGGUGACGAUGGUGAUACAAGAAACGUUAAGGCUGUAUCCACCGGCAGCGUUUGUAUCAAGAGAGGCUUUAGCGGACACACGACUGGGAAGCCUCGUCGUACCAAAGGGAGUGUGCAUCUGGACACUGAUCCCGACUCUUCACCGAGAUCCCGAGAUAUGGGGAGACGAUGCAAACGAGUUUAGACCCGAGAGGUUUCAAGAAGGCGUCUCUAGAGCGUGUAAACACCCUCAUGCCUUCGCCCCUUUCGGCCUCGGGACAAGGCUUUGUUUGGGCAAGAACCUAGGAAUGGUUGAACUCAAAGUUCUUAUAUCACUUCUUGUCUCGAGGUUUAGCUUCACUCUCUCUCCUUCUUAUCGACAUUCUCCCGUGUUUCGAAUGCUCGUUGAACCACAGCACGGCGUUCUCCUCCGGGUUAGUCGGCCGAAUCCUAACCUAGGAAGUUAAAUCAAGUUACACAAAAAAAAAAAAAAAAAACUCUUUGGUACUACAACUUUGAUAUAUAUUAAGGUAUUUUAUUUUUCAAUUAUGAAUAGCUAGGUUUUUUUGUACGAAAAAAGUUGUA